AUGGCCAAUGCGGCGUCAAGGUCCUUGGCCAGCGGUUUUCAAAUCUUUUGUCUGUCUUUCUCCCCAGCGACUCCCUUGUGUUUCUCUUACUCCCCAGCGACUCUCUUUUGUCUCUCUUUCUUCUCAGCGACGCCCUUUGUCUGUCUUUCUCCCCAGCGACCCCCCUUUGUGUUUCUCUUUACUCCCCAGCGACUCUCUUUUGACUCUCUUUCUUCUCAGCGACGCCCUUUUGUCUCUUUCUCCCCAGCGACUCCCCUUGUGUUUCUCUUACUCCCCAGCGACUCUCUUUUGUCUCUCUUUCUUCUCAGCGAUGCCCUUUGUCUGUCUUUUUCUCCCCAGCUACUCCCCUUGAGUUUUCUCUUACUCCCCAGCGACUCUUUUUUGUCUCUCUUUCUCCCCAGCGACGCCCUUUGCCUGUCUUUCUCCCCAGCGACUCCCUUUGUGUUUCUCUUACUCCCCAGCGACUCUCUUUUGUCUCUCUUUUCUUCUCAGCGACGCCCUUUGUCUGUCUUUCUCCCCAGCGACCCUUUGUGUUUCUCUUACUCCCCAGCGACUCUCUUUUGUCUCUCUUUCUUCUCAGCGACGCCCUUUGUCUGUCUUUCUCCCCAGCGACUCCCUUGUGUUUCUCUUACUCCCCAGCGACUCUCUUUUGUCUCUCUUUCUUCUCAGCGACGCCCUUUGCCUGUCUUUUUCUCCCCAGCGACUCCCUUGUGUUUCUCUUACUCCCCAGCGACUCUCUUUUGUCUCUCUUUCUUCUCAGCGACGCCCUUUGUCUGUCUUUCUCCCCAGCGACUCCCUUGUGUUUCUCUUACUCCCCAGCGACUCUCUUUUGUCUCUCUUUCUUCUCAGCGACGCCCUUUGUCUGUCUUUCUCCCCAGCGACUCUUUGUGUUUUUCUCUUACUCCCCAGCGACUCUCUUUUUCUCUCUUUCUCCACAGCGACGCCCUUUGUCUGUCUUUCUCCCCAGCGACUCCCUUGUGUUUCUCUUACUCCCCAGCGACUCUCUUUUGUCUCUCUUUCUCCCCAGCGACGCCCUUUGUCUGUCUUUCUCCCCAGCGACUCCCUUGUGUUUCUCUUACUCCCCAGCGACUCUCUUUUGUCUCUCUUUCUCCCCAGCGACGCCCUUUGUCUGUCUUUCUCCCCAGCGACUCCCCUUUGUGUUUCUCUUACUCCCCAGCGACUCUCUUUUGUCUCUUUUCUCCUCAGCGACGCCCUUUGUCUGUUUUCUCCCCAGCGACUCCUUUGUGUUUCUCUUACUCCCCAGCGACUCUCUUUUUGUCUCUUUCUCCCCAGCGACGCCCUUUGUCUGUCUUUCUCCCCAGCGACUCCCUUGUGUUUCUCUUACUCCCCAGCGACUCUCUUUUGUCUCUCUUUCUCCUCAGCGACGCCCUUUGUCUGUCUUUCUCCCCAGCGACUCCCUUGUGUUUUUUUCACUCCCCAGCGACUCUCUUUUGUCUCUCUUUCUUCUCAGCGACGCCCUUUGUCUGUCUUUCUCCCCAGCGACUCCCCUUUGUGUUUCUCUUACUCCCCAGCGACUCUCUUUUGUCUCUCUUUCUCCCCAGCGACGCCCUUUGUCUCUCUUUCUCCCCAGCGACGCCCUUUGUCUGUCUUUUCCCCAGCGACUCCCUUGUGUUUCUCUUACUCCCCAGCGACACUCUUUUGUCUCUCUUUCUCCUCAGCGACGCCCUUUAUCUGUUUUUUCUCCCCAGCGACUCCCUUUGUGUUUCUCUUACUCCCCAGCGACUCUUUUUGUCUCUCUUUUCUCCCCAGCGACGCCCUUUUGUCUGUCUUUCUCCCCAGCGACUCCUUUGUGUUUCUCUUACUCCCCAGCGACUCUCUUUUUGUCUGUCUUUCUCCCCAGCGACGCCCUUUGUCUGUCUUUUUCUCCCCAGCGACGCCCUUUGUCUGUCUUUCUCCCCAGCGACUCCCUUUGUGUUUUCUCUUACUCCCCAGCGACUCUCUUUUGUCUGUCUUUCUCCCCAGCGACGCCUUUUGUCUGUCUUUCUCCCCAGCGACUCCCUUUGUGUUUCUCUUACUCCCCCAGCGACUCUCUUUUGUCUUGCUUUCUCCUCAGCGACGCCCUUUGUCUGUCUUACUCCCCAGAGACUCCCUUGUGUUUCUCUUACUCCCCAGCGACGCCCUUUGUCUGUCUUCUCCCCAGCGACUCCCCUUUGUGUUUUCUCUUACUCCCCAGCGACUCUCUUUUUGUCUCUCUUUCUCCCCAGCGACGCCCUUUGUCUGUCUUUCUCCCCAGCGACUCCCUUUGUGUUUCUCUUUUACUGCCCAGCGACUCUCUUUUGUCUCUCUUUCUCCCCAGCGACGCCCUUUGUCUGUCUUUCUCCCCAGCGACUCCCUUGUGUUUCUCUUACUCCCCAGCGACUCUCUGUUGUCUCUCUUUUUCCCCUGCGACGCCCUUUGUCUGUCUUUCUCCCCAGCGACUCCCUUUGUCUGUCUUUCUCCCCAGCGACUCCCUUGUGUUUCUCUUCCUCCCCAGUGACCGCCUUUGUCUUUCUUUCUCCCCAGCGACCCCCUUUGUCUCUCUUUCUUCCCAGCGACCCCCUUUGUAUUUCUUUCUCCCCAGAGACCCAUUUCUCUUUCUCCCCAGCGACCCCCUUUUGUUUCUCUUCCCCCAUUUAA